AUGGGCGCGCACAUCCCGGAGUCCAACUCCAGCGGCAACCUGACGCCUGCCGUGUCCGAGGCUGCAGCUGUGCUGCCGGGCUACCUGCUGGUCCUCCUGUCGGUCCUCAUGGUGGCUCUGGUGAUCGUCGUGGUGGCCGGGAACGCGCUGGUCAUCAUGGCUUUUAUUGUGGAUAAAACCCUGAGAACUCAAAGCAACUACUUCUUUCUGAACCUUGCCAUUUCGGAUUUUCUUGUGGGUGCGUUCUGCAUCCCGGUGUACAUCCCCUACAACCUGACAGGCAGGUGGAUGCUGGGGAAGGGGCUCUGCAAAGUGUGGCUGGUCAUGGACUACCUGCUGUGCUCCGCCUCGGUCUUCAACAUCGUCCUCAUUAGUUAUGACCGCUUCCUGUCAGUGACGAGGGCGGUGAAAUACAGAGCUCAAAGGAACAUCACCCAGCAAGCUGUGUUGAAGAUGGGGGCAGUGUGGGUGCUGGCCUUCCUCCUCUACGGUCCCGCCAUCAUCUUCUGGGAAGUGAUUGUGGGCCAGAGCAUUGUCCCGGCCCACGAAUGCUAUGCAGAGUUUUAUUUCACCUGGUACUUCCUGCUCAGCGCUUCUACCUUUGAGUUCUUCACUCCGUUUGUGUCUGUGGCCUUCUUUAACCUCAGCAUUUACCUGAACAUCCACCGGAGGAACAAGAACGGGAACAUGUGUGCCGAGGAGGACAUCAAGCCAAGGAGGAAGUCGAAGAAGCACAAGGACGGCGUGGGCUGGUCUGUGUUUUUCGUCAAGACCCGGAAAGUGACGUCCAGCGAGCCCGCUGCCAUCUCCGCAGUUAUAGAGGACGAUGACAUUCUGUCGCCCUCCUCCAGCGGGUGCCCUGACACCAGUCAGAUCUUUGUACAGCGAGAAAAACUCUCUCCGCGCCGAAAAAACUCUCGGCUGUUUCAGCCAACGGCUUCCUGCGUCAUGGCUCCCGGCCGGAGGACUGCGGUGUCCCGCCUCUCCAGAGACAAAAAGAUAGCCAAAUCCUUGGCCAUCAUCGUGUGCAUCUUUGGAAUAUGCUGGGCUCCCUACACUCUGCUGAUGAUCAUCCGUGCAGCCUGUGGCGGGGAGUGUGUGGCCGACUAUUGGUACGAGAUUACAUUUUGGCUUCUGUGGCUGAACUCGGCCAUCAACCCGUUCUUGUACCCUCUGUGCCACAGCAGCUUCCGUAGGGCUUUCUCCAAGAUACUUUGUCCUAAAAGACAGUCGGUGCAGCCUCAAAUUGAGGCUCAGUCCUGCUAGACAAACUCUGUUGCACAGCCAU